UUUCUUUUCUUGCGCGUGGUGCGGCGUUAGCCGGUUCUUUUUCACGUGGUUGUAAAUUAAUCUCAUUACAUAACAUAGAGCUCCCCCGCUUGUUCUUCGACGACGACACUUACAAUGGAUGGUUUACCGGCUGGAAAGCUUACCGGAGCUCAGAAGGAGGAGUUGAUGGACCAGGUCAAACAGCAAAUCGCUGUGGCAAAUGCUCAGGAGUUAUUGCAGAAAAUGACUGAGAAGUGCUUUAAGAAGUGCAUUUCCAAGCCCGGGACGUCUUUGGACAACUCUGAACAGAAAUGCAUAUCUAUGUGCAUGGACCGUUACAUGGACUCUUGGAACAUAGUGUCAAGGUCCUACGGCAACCGAAUUGCGAGAGAAAGGGGUCAAAUGUGACGUCUGGCUUGCACUAUGGGAUACACCAAUUGUGUCGCUACAUUACGAAGAAUUGCAACCGACGUUGUAUAUAUGAAUAUAUGUACACAAAUAGACAAGGAAUGUUGGACUUAUAGACAACUGCUUUAGCAGUGGCAUUCCCUCAUAUAUGAAUGCAGAUAAAUGAUUAAAAUACCAGAAUGCAUCACCA